AAGAGCCAAGGACCAGUCCAGAACAGCAUGGCUCUUCUCCUCGCCGCCCUCGGUGCUCAACCUUCUGUGGCCUCUCCCCACCUCUCCAACGGUGUUGCACAGCUCAGCCAAGCGCCACGCAUCUGGCUCGUCAACGACUUCCUCGACAAAGCCGAGGUCUCCUACCUCAGGGGGCUCGCGGACGCCACCCAGUUUGGCUCGUGCGAGAACCAGCGCGUCCUCAACAACGGCAAGGCGUGCGCCCAGCUCAAAAUCAGCUCCUCAACCCCGGUCCUCGACCGGCUCGCAAAGCUCUGGCACGUCGAUACCUCGCACGUCGAGUCACUGGCUGCCGUCCGUUACUCUCCGGGCUCCUCUCCCUCCGCGGCCCACGUCGACCACUACUCCGACGGAACUCCCGCCGACAUGACCAUCGUCCUCUAUCUCACGGACGCCGCGCCGGAAGAGGCGGGCCACACCAACUUCCCUUACGCGGGUGCCGCGCCGCUCUCGGUGGCGCCCAAGGCGGGCUCUCUCCUCGCGUGGAUGAACGUGGACGAGGCGACGGGUGAGGAGAACCCAAUGGCGAAGCACAGUGUUGGCGCGACCCCGGCCGAUGCGCCUCACGACCGCGUGAUCCUCCAGUUCUCGAUCACGCUGCGCCCCCAGCUCAAGCGGAGCUGCCCACCGCUCCC